GGCUCCACGCCGGUAUGAACCUCAGCAGCACCGUCAGCCGGGACCCUCGUCACAUAGCCAUCACCAAGAAUGUGUUCACUGUGGUUGUGUCCGUCUCCAUCAUCCUCUUCAACAGCGCUCUGGUGCACACGUUCAGGAACCACCAGGUUUUCUUCACAAACCCCCGCUACAUCCUCUACAUCCAUCUGGUCGUCAAUGACAUCAUCAUGCUGGCAUUGUUCCUCGUCCUUCAGGUCAUAAGUUACGUGGUUUUCACCCUCAAUGUCUCCUUCUGCAUCGUUUUGCUGAUCAUCGCCGUCUCUUCCAACCUCAACAACCCGCUGACCCUGGCCGCCAUGGCCCUGGAGUGCUACCUGGCCGUCUGCUUUCCGCUCCGUUACUCCCAGGUCUGCACGGUCAGGAGGACCUACUUUGUGAUGGGAGCGGUGUGGUUCCUCAGCAUGCUGACCAUCCUGCCUGACGUCUUUGUCCUCGUGGCCACAAACCCCGCAGAGUUCUUCAGCUCCAGCAUCUUCUGCUUGUGGGCAAAUGUCUUCACCGACCCCGCCCUCGCAAAGAAAAAAGAAGUUUCCAACAUCGCCUAUCUGGUGAUUGUUUGGCUGUCGAUCUUCUACGCUUAUUUCCGGAUCCUUUUCGCAGCUCAGGCAGCGUCCGCCAACGCCAGGAAAGCCAGGAACACGGUCCUGCUGCACGGCUUCCAGCUGCUGCUGUGCAUGCUGAGCUACGUCCACAGCAUUUCCAUCCAGGGUCUGAGCAGCCUGUUCCCCAACGACGCUCUGGCCAUCCGCUACGUCAUCUCCGUCCUGAUCCAGAUUCUGCCCAGACUCAUCAGCCCCGUCCUUUACGGGCUGAGAGACAAAAUGUUCAGAGAAUACCUGCAGAAGACCCUGCUGCCCUCAAGAAAGACAAAGCCCUGAGCAGGUCCUCGUAGAGGCAGGUUCAAGUCCACAAGCAUUUCCCCCAAACCAGGUCAACUUCAUGCUAGUUUGGGUCUUUCAGAUAAAAACCUGCUUCUACCCCAGGAAAGUUGGUGGUUUUGAUAGAAUAAGAAAUUAAAAUCUGCCCUUUAUAAUCUGUGUGUUUGUGUGUAAUAUUAAUACUUCACAGAUAUUUGGAGAGGAGUAACAGCCUUUUCUGAAACUCCAGGAC